AUUUAGUUCUUCACUCAAUCUCGAGUCAUUUGGUCGUGUAUAUUUUUUUUAAAAGAACCGUCGGGAUAUGUUAAAGUUCGUGUUUUCAUUAAUAUUGUAUUUCGUUGCAAUUUCAUCGGCCUAUGAAAUUCCAAUCGCGACAUUUAAAAUAUUCUAUCCAAAAGGCUUUGAAGUUUCUAUUCCCGCUGAUGAAAAUGUAACUCUUUUUGCCUUUCAUGGGAAAUUGAAUGAACCUUUGAAUGGUUUGGAGGCAGGAAGAUGGUCGAGAGAUAUUUUAAAACCCAUCGAUGGUAGAUUUACAUUUGUUGAUGAUCAAACUAGUUUAAAAUUGGGUGAUCGAAUAUAUUAUUGGACUUUUGCCAUAAAUAACGGAUUGGGCUAUAGAGAAGAUAAUGGUGUUUAUGAUGUCAGGGAGUAUGCACAGAAGAAUGAUGUUUACAAAGUUCCUAAAGCUGAAUUCAAAAUAUUCUAUCCACAAGGUUUUCAAGUGUCCAUACCGGCUGAGGAGAAAACAACACUUUUUGCAUUUCAUGGAAAGUUGAACGAACAAAUGCGCGGUUUGGAAGCUGGCAAAUGGUCAAAAGAUAUAUCACAGCCAACAAAUGGACGAUAUGUGUUUGAAGACCGUGUGACUAGUUUUAAAGUGGGAGAUGUUAUAUAUUAUUGGACUUUUGUGAUAAACAAUGGUCAGGGUUAUAGAGAAGACGAUGGUGUAUAUGUCAUAACGGAAUAUUCUUUGCCCAUUGAGAGUACAACGACACCAGCGACCACGACGAGGUUAGCCCCGAUCGGAUAUACGGUUCCAAGAGCAGAAUUUAAAAUAUUUCAACCGCAAGGCUUUGAGGUGUCGAUUCCUGCUGAAGAAGGAGUUUCUUUGUUUGCCUUCCAUGGGAAGCUUAAUGAAAAAAUGAAUGGUUUAGAGGCUGGUAAAUGGUCAAGAGACGUUACCACAGUUACAAAUGGCAGAUUUGUAUUUGCAGAUCGGUACACAAGUCUAAAAAUCGGAGACUACAUUUAUUAUUGGACAUUUGUUAUUCACAAUGGCUUGGGCUACAGGGAGGACGAUGGCGUUUUUGUAGUUUCAAAAUAUUCCACUCAAAGGGAAACUGCACCCUCCUCCUACACUAAUAAAGCAAACGUUGCUGUAGUUGGCUAUAAAACUCCCACUACCCAAAAUGUUAUAAACAAAGAAGAAGAUGAAACUUUUCUCGUGCAUAGGUUUUCACCACAAGAACAACCUACUCCACAUAGAAUUGAUACAACAGUGAGAUAUAAAACCUCAACACCUCAAAUUGAAAACAAUCGCAAAAAAUAUGGUGGAGCUUUGCAGAUAAGAGAGACGUACCAAGUACCAAUUUCCACAACAACUAAGAAACCAGUUUCAAUUUCAAGCUUUCGAAAAACGAAUGUAAACAAGAAAGUGAGCUUGAAAGAUAACCCUGCAAUUAUUUUGGCUUCUAGGCUUACAUCGCUAAAUUUGGGUCGUGUUUCUUCGACGACAGAGGCUCCAGCUCGGUACAAAGUGCCAAAAGCCGAAUUCAGAGUUUUACAUCCAAAAGGAUUUGAAGUGACUAUCCCAGCGGAAGAAGGAGUUUCUUUAUUUGAAUUUCAUGGAAAAUUGAACGAAAAAAUGGAUGGUCUAGAAGCCGGCAGAUGGUCGAAGGCCAUUACGACCACUAAAAAUGGAAAAUUUGUAUUCGAAGACCGCAAGACUAGUUUGAAACCAGGAGAUAUCAUUUACUACUGGACUUUAGCGACUCACAAUGGAGUAGGCUAUAGAGAAGACAAUGGGGAGUAUAUGGUCACCGAAUAUUCUUCACAAUCCAAUGUUGCGGUUUCCACAACAACCGAAUCUACUCCUAUGAGCUACAAAGUCCCUAUUGCGCAGUUUAAAAUAUAUUAUCCAAAAGGCUUUGAGGUAUCCAUACCUGCUGAUGAGAAUAUCACACUCUUUGCAUUCCAUGGGAAACUUAACGAAGAAAUGGAAGGCCUCGAAGCCGGAAGAUGGGCCAGAGAUAUUGUCAAAGCUAAGUACGAGAGAUUUACGUUUCGAGAAAGGGAAACCAGCUUGAAGAUUGGUGAUACAAUUUACUAUUGGACUUAUGUCGUUUAUAAUGGCCUUGGGUAUAGAGAAGAUGAUGGAAUCUAUGUGGUUACUCACUACACUCCACAGGAAGGAAAUUCAAGUGCUUCAUUGCCACCGCUUUUCUCAGUGAUAUCUUCCACAGCGUCUCCAACAGUAUUAUCAAGCAGCACUCGGCGGCCAGGUGAAUGUGCACCUAGUGUAACAACCAUUAACAAUGGAAUUUCUGUUCCUUGUGCCGGACAAGUUAUAUUCGAGGAAAACUUCAAUGGCGAUCGCGUUGAUCCCGUCAAAUGGUCGAUGGAAAGACGCUUUGCUUUUCAACCUGACUAUGAAUUUGUGAUUUAUCUGCUUAACAACGAAGUGAUUCGAAUUGGCAAUGGAAUGGCCACUCUGAAGCCUGUUCCUCUAACGAGAACGUAUGGAGCAGAUAUUUUGACAAAGGAAUUCAGCCUCGGACCGAAUUGUACUGGGAUUCUGGAUACCGAUGAUUGCAUACGAACUGCAAAUAGCCUUGAUAUUCUUCCUCCAUUUAUAUCGGCGCAGUUCUCAACAAAGGCACGAUUUAGUUUCAAGCAUGGACGAGUUGAAAUCCGAGCUAAAAUGCCAAACGCCCCGUGGGUUUUCCCCCAGCUAUUCUUGGAACCAGUAGACUCGCGUUAUGGUGCUAAGAAUUACCAGUCGGGGCAGAUUAGAAUGGCAUUGAGUCGUAAUAAUGGUGGUGAUUCAGUCGAUGAUUUAUUCGGUGGUGUAAUUCUGAACGCCAACCUUCCCUAUCGAAAUGUUAAAAUGUGCAAAAGAACGGGUCCUCCUAUUGAUUGGUCAACAGACUUUCAUUUAUAUCAAGUCAAAUGGCUACGUGAUAGAAUAAUCUUUAGUGUUGACAAUGAGGAAUAUUGCAGUAUUCAACCGGAUAAUGGACGAUUUUCUGAAAUGCAGGUAAAUGGAAAAUAUCUACCAAAUAGGGAGUAUCUUAAAACAGGAUCAAUUAUGGCUCCCUUCGAUCAAGAAUUCUACAUAAGGUUGGGUUAUGGUAUCGGUGGGCAUAAUGACUUUCCUGAUGACGCAUCGUUGUGGCUGAAGGAAAAACCCUGGACGAAUUUCCAUCCUAAGUCAAUGAGACAGUUUUGGAAUAAGCAGAAAACAAAUUGGAAUCAUUGGCUCGGGCCAGAUGCUGCAUUGAAGAUCGAUUAUAUAAGAGUUUAUUCAAUAGAGUGAUAUAAAGUUAAAAAUGUAAAUUAGAAAAAUUAAUAAAUUAUUUUUGAAAGAAAAUAAAUUA